AUGGAAAAACUAAACGGUGGACGUCUACGGAUUGGCGUCUCCUUCUUGGCCUUUGGUUUGCUAAACAAUUUGCUUUAUGUAGUCAUACUCUCAGCUGCCCUCGACUUGGUAGGCAACAAUGUUUCUAAAGGAGUUGUUCUGUUCUCCAACAUCCUUCCCUCUCUGCUCUGUAAAGCUUCAGCACCUAUUGUUCACUUGAACGAGUACUCACCAACGAAACGUAUCCACCUCUGUGUGCUUCUUUCUUUUGUGGGGAUGCAAUGGGUCGUAUGGUCACAAAAAGUGUGGUUGAAGAUGGUCGGUGUGGCCAUUGCAGCCGUGUCGUCGUCUCUUGGUGAAGUUACGUUUCUACAGCUGUGUCAUCGAUAUCCAUCAACUACGAUGGCGUUCUGGGGAUCAGGCACCGGCCUUGCUGGUCUGCUUGGCUCCUCAUGCUACCUUGCGUUGACGGUCUACAUUGGUCUGUCGGUCCACACGACUCUGCUGUCGUCGAGCGUGUUUCCGUUGCUCAUUCUCGUAUUUCUCUACUUCGUGCUACCUAAGCCCGAAUACGAGCCUGUGUCGCCCCCGUCACCCUCUGUAGCCGGCGACACCCUACUGCCCAUCAGCAUUGCCGGAGGCAGCGGCAAUGUUGCUUACAAGCGCGGCGGUCUGCUUCGAUACAUUGAGUUCGUUCUCCGGCUUUGGAAGCCGUACUUUGCGCGGUACAUGUUCCCGCUGUUCCUUGUCUACUUCUCCGAGUAUACAGUAAACAUCGGCAUUGCUCCUACCUUACUAUUCCCCCUCGGCAACACAAGUUUUAAACAGUAUCGCGACUUCUAUCCUGCGUAUCAGACGGCCUACCAACUCGGCGUGUUCCUAUCGCGAAGCUCGAUUGCGCUUUUCGAAAUCCCUUGGUUUCCCUUGUUGUCUUACAUACAAUUCGGGCUUCUCGUGCUCAUGACCUGCCAGUCGUUGUUCAUGCUCUUCACCUCCGUGCAUUUCAUUCUCUUCCUCUUCCUCGUGGAAGGCCUCAUAGGAGGCUGUGUCUACGUCAACGUUUAUCAUUCCGUCCCCGGUUCAUCCCGCCAAGAGAAGGAGCGUGCAAUUGGAAUUGUCGGUGUCUCAGACAGCACCGGCAUCUUCCUCGCCUCGCUCUGCUCUCUUGUUCUCGAACACAGUCUCUGUUCAUACCAAGUGAGCCAUGGCCGUGAGUGGUGCACUCUGCCAUAG